AUAGAACGUCAACAAUCAACGUCCCUGCUGGGAGGAAGAAACACCUCAAGCAAUUUGUCUCCAAGUACGAAUCUCUGGAUACCGAGAUGCCUGGAAUUCGGAAAUUUGAGGACACUCCCGCCUCUCAACCUUUGACUCUCUGCGUAGAAUGUCCGGCUGAGCUAGAUCUUACCCACCAGGACAUCAUGUCGGCAGUCGAGAAUGUCCUCCCCGAUGCCUUCGCAGAUGGGAAGAUCACUAGCAUCCAGUUCGAAAACGUCAACGUCAUCUGCGGCUCCUCGGGGCUGAAGAACAGGUGGAUGUUCACCGUCUCUGAUUUCCAAACCCGGAGCCUGUUCCUCAACUCGGGGCUGAUCGUCAACAAAACGUACCUGGCCGUGCAACGCUACGAUGACCUCUUGAUGGAGGACUACAGGCUACACCUGCGGAGGGCAAUGGCACAGAAGAAGAUGCUGGAAACUCUGAACGAAACGGCCAACCUGGGAAUGAAGUCCAGGUAGAGACC